UUCGCCUCGGUCCCUCGUUACGUGGAGACCUUGGUGGUAGCCGACGAGUCCAUGGUGAAGUUCCACGGGGAUGACCUCCAGCACUACCUGCUCACGCUGAUGGCCACGGCCGCCCGCCUCUACAAGCACCCCAGCAUCCGGAACCCCAUCCAGAUCUCCGUGGUCAAGUUCCUCCUCAUCGGGCAGGAUGACAAGGGGCCCAAGGUCACUGGCAACGCCGCCCUCACCCUCCGCAACUUCUGCGCCUGGCAGAAGAAGUGGAACAAGGUCAGCGACAAGCACCCCGAGUACUGGGACACUGCCAUCCUCUUCACCAAGCAGGACCUGUGCGGUGCCACCACCUGUGACACGCUGGGGAUGGCGGACGUGGGCACCAUGUGUGACCCCAAGCGCAGCUGCUCCGUCAUCGAGGACGACGGGCUGCCCUCGGCUUUCACCACCGCUCACGAGCUGGGCCACGUCUUCAACAUGCCCCACGACAACGUGAAGGCCUGCGAGGAGGUCUUCGGCCGGCUGAAGACCAACCACAUGAUGUCCCCCACCCUCAUCCAGAUCGACCGGGCCAACCCCUGCUCUGCCUGCAGCGCUGCCAUCAUCACCGACUUCCUUGACAGCGGCCACGGAGACUGCUUGCUGGACCAGCCGGCCAAACCCAUCCCGCUGCCCGAAGACCUGCCGGGGACAAGCUACAGCCUGAACCAGCAAUGCGAGCUGGCCUUCGGCGUGGGCUCCAAGCCCUGCCCGUACAUGCAGUACUGCGCCAAGCUCUGGUGCACGGGCAAGGCGCGUGGGCAGAUCGUCUGCCAGACCCGGCACUUCCCCUGGGCGGACGGCACCGGCUGCGGCGAGGGGAGAUUCUGCCUGAAGGGUGCCUGCGUUGAGAGGCAUAACAUCAGCAAGUACAGGGUGGACGGCGGCUGGGCGAAGUGGGGUGCCUACGGGCAGUGCUCGCGGACGUGCGGCGGUGGGGUGCAGCUGGCCAAGCGGGAGUGCACCGACCCGGUGCCUGCCAACGGGGGUUCCUACUGCGAGGGCGUCCGUGUCAAGUACCGCUCCUGCAACCUGGACCCCUGCCAUGCUGCAGUACCAGGGAAGAGCUUCCGCGAGGAGCAGUGUGAGGCUUUCAACGGCUACAGCCACAGCACCAACCGCCUCACCGCCUCCGUCUCCUGGGCUACUUCUAUUUCACACAGGAGAUGGCUGGAGUUGGUCCAUGGAGGGUCUUCCUCUGGGUUUGUAAAGGUGUCUCUGCGAUGUGCCUGGAAUAGAGGAUGCGGCCACUUCAUCGUCUCGGCAGUGGAGAGGGACCUGAUGGUGAAGGGCAGCGUCCUGCGGUACAGUGGCACCGGCACUGCCGUCGAGAGCCUCCAAGCCUUCAAGCCCAUCCAAGAACCCCUGACUCUGGAGGUGCUCUCCGUGGGGAAGAUGACCCCUCCUCGAGUACGCUACUCCUUCUACCUCCCUAAGGAGAGCAAGGAGGACAAGUCCUCCUACAAGAAGGAGGGCAAGACCCCACCGGACCUCAACAACAGCGUCUUCAGCUUGUCCAACCGCUUGGAUGGUGGAAGACCCAGCUACAAGCGUCCCUCCUACAAGUGGGCGGCGGGCGGCUGGGAGGCUUGCUCCGUCACCUGCGGCGAUGGCUUGCAGAAGCGUUCGGUGGCCUCCUGCUCCAAGAGCUGCGGUCGGGGUUUCAAGAGACGGGCGCUGAAGUGCUCGGUCCCAACCGGGCGCCUGCUGCCCCGGGAGAGUUGCAAUUUUCGGAGGAAGCCACAGGAGUUGGAUUUUUGCACCCUGAGACCAUGCUGA